AUGGGCGGGGACCUCCAGGACGCCGAGGCCCUCGGGCAGAGCUUCAAGGUGCUCGAGCAGGCCCACGCCGGCGACUGCAAGAGCCCGGACCUCGCGGACCAGGUGGCCAACCACUCGGAGCCGACCGCGCACAACUACUUUUUCGAGCCGUACACGGCCGGCGCGUGGUCGCCGCAGCUCGUGCACAAGCAGAAGAUCCUAGCAUACCCGAGCGCGAUCGCGUCGGCGUACGACAAGAUGGUCUCGAGCUCCUUCUCGGGCCUUUUGCAGGAGCUCCACCACGCGUGGGUCUCGGUCGACAAUACGCUCUUUCUCUGGGACUAUACGGCCGAUGGCAAGCGCGUCGUGGUCUUUGAAGGCAUGGAGCAGGUCAUUUGCGCUGUGGGCAUCGCGCCGCCGCUGCCAGGCGUCUUCAAGCCGUUUGUCAAGCACGUCUUGGUCGUUGCGACGGCGAGCGAGAUGCGCCUCCUCGUGGUCUUGCACGACGCCGACGGCGGGCUGCGCUUGAGCGCGACCAAGCUGAGCAUCUCGACCGACGACUGCAUCGUGCGCAAGAUCGUCUCGACAUGCGAUGGCCGCAUCUUCUUUGGCGGCUCGGACGGCCAGCUCCACGAGUUCGUCUACGACACGGACGAAGGCAUGUUGCACCAGCUCGGCUGGAAGCGCAAGUGCCGGAAAGAGUCGCACGCGCAGUCGCUCUCGCAGUACCUCCCGAGCUUCUUCCGGACGUUCACGAACGCGUCCGACGCCAUCGGCAAGGUCGUCGACAUGCGCAUCGACCACGAGCGCCGGAUUCUGUACUUGGUCCAAGAACCCGCCUUUGUCAGCGUCUACGAUCUCGGCACCGAGGCAGGGGCAGAGGUCGCGCUCAUUGCGUCCAAGAACCUCGAGACCGAGGCCGGCCGCUUUUGCCAGCGCAACCAGCGCAACCUCACGUCGUGCCCCGAGCCGCGGCUGUUUGCGACAACGUCGGUGUCGCUCACCGCGCUCUCAGUCGUCGCGCGCGACGAGUCGGCCAGCAUCCACGCGAUCGCGGUGAGUGCCACGGGCAUCCGCUUCUACCUCUCGACGUUUUCGCCGAGCUUUCUUUCGUCGGCGCUCAAGCGUCCAACGUCGCUGGACCUUGUGCACAUUCGCCUCCCACCACCGACGACCGUGCUCGCCGACGCACCCGAGUACCACCGCACCGAAGGCCUCUCGCCGGCGCUGCUCCCGGGCAAGAGUCCGGCCCACGUGCACGCGGCGUACUAUCGGCACGGCGUCUUUCUCGCCAUCAACGGCGGGCCGGAUGCGUACGACCAAGUCCUUGGCCUCACGAGAGAUCUCACGGCGCGCCACGCGCAUGACGCGAACGCGUCCAUCAAGGUGCUCAUGCGCGAGUCGAUUGCGUGCGACUCGUGCCAAGGCAAGGUCAGCGCCGUCGAAGAAUUCGUGCCCCAAGGCGGCUCCACCGCACCAAGUACGACCUCGACCAACCUCAAUGGCAAUGGCAAGCGGCCACACGCGUCCAGCCUUCUCGACGAGACGCCGCCCGUCAUGCGGUCCGAGCUCGUGACGCAGGUGGUCGAGCCAAUCCGGCACUUUCUCGUCUUGACGAACGCCGGGCUGCACAUUUUCAAAAAAGUUCGACCGAUCGACCAGCUCUUUCGUGUGCUGCAUGCGACCAAGGACGUCAAGAAGCAACUGAGUCACUUCGUCAAGUGCUUUGGGGCGUCGGAAACGUGCGCGAUGCUCUUUGCAAUCGCGUGCGGCGCGCUCUCGUCCCAAGACACGCUCUGGACCGACAAUAUGGGCAUGAAGAGCGACGACCACAUUGUGUCGAUGGCCAUGCAAGCGAUUUUCGACUUUGGCGGGGCGCCGAAUGUCUCGAGCGGCGGCGUCCCGAGCUCGACCCACCGCUUUGUCAUGACGGACGACGUUGGCUUCUCGGCGCACCACGACGGCCUCGUGCUCUUCGUCUCGCGCUUGCUGCGCCCGAUGUGGCGAUUUUCGCCCUCCCAGAACAUUGCGCCGAUCGAGCGCGUCCGCAACGUCCUCUUCCGACUCCAGCAAGUGCUCGAGACGCAUUACCGGACGUCGCUGACGGCCGCAAGCGUCGCCGAGCCGUCGGCCGCGAACGCCCUCACGCGCGAGCUCACGGCGCGCGUUCAAGAAGCGACACCGGCCGUCGUGCGCCAGGAGAAUGCGAUGCGCGCCGAGCAGGCCUCGAUCCGGUGCCUGUACCUCUUUACGACGCGGUCGAUCCAGGCGCUGUCGCUCGUGCUCUUCGCGCCGACGCCGUCGUUGCCGCUGUCGCUGCCCGACCUCGUCACGACGUCGGAGGGCUUUGACGCGCUCAAGGCCCUCCUCUCGCGCCUCACGCAAGGCCAGAACGACGCGAUGCUCGUCGCGUCGCUCCAGAAGCAGUGCCCGCUCUUCUUUAAAGACACGGACGCCGCCGCGUGCCACGGGUACCAGCAGCUCGAGGCGGCCGCGAGCUGCGCGACGGUCGAGGAUCGCACUUCGUGCCUCCAGCGCUCGCUGCAGCAUUUCAAGCUCGCGGCCAAGAGCUGGAAGACGCUGACACACGUGCUCGACCUCGAAGCGAUCUGCGCGUCGUACUUUACGCUCGGCUUUCUCGAUGGCAUUGUCGACUUGGCGUUUGCGACGGCGCCGCAUUUUGGCACGGACGACGACGCGCGCCGCAUCUGCUACGGCUACACGAUCCAGUGCGUUCAAUUUUUUGCCUCCAAGACGACGACGACGACGAAAACAACGACCAACGACGACGACGAUAUCGGCCGCGUCUGUGCGAAUGCGCCGACCGAGUGGCUGCCGUUGACGGCACGGGAAGCGUGCUUGACGUAUUUGCUCGAGAAGCUCUUGUCGGUGCAGGAUACGUACUACCACUCGGUGCUCUACAUGUGGCUGUAUGCCAACGACGAGCGCCAGCGCUUGAUUGCGCUGCGUGGCGCGAAACACAUGCUGUCGGUCGAAGCGUUCCUGAAAGCCAAGGACGAAGACCUCCUCGUGCAAAUGUAUUUGGUGCAGAACCGGUAUGUGGACGCCGCGCACGUGCUCUGGACCCGCGCGACGUCGACGUCGGACCGCCGCCCGAUCGGUGACCGGAUCGAGCUCAUUUCGCGCGCCAAGAGCAUCCUUGCGGCCGCCAACGACCCGACGGCCACGAGCGCGCUCCAAGAAGUCACCGAAACACUACACGUGCUGCAGCUGCAACGUCACAUUUGGACGACGUUGCAGUCGUCGGUACCGGCCGCCGACCUCGAGGCGCUGGCGACGACGAUCGUGGCCGUCUCGCCGUUGUACAACCAGUUUGCGGCCAAGUACAAGCUCUGGCCAGAGUGCCUGCGCAUUCUCUGCACGUGCCACUCGGAGGACAUGGCGACGAUCGAGACGCUGUGGAAGCGGCUCUUGUACUCGCUCAUCCCGACGUCGGUCGGAAACGAGACGUUCAACAAGUGGCUCUCGGCGACGUGCGACGCGCUCGACAUUGUGCCCAAGACGUCGGAGCACCUCGAACAUGCCUCGUGGAUGAGCCACGUCCAGGCCCAACUCCUGAGCCUCAAGGAGCUCUAUCCCUCCAAGGCGUUUCCGGUCGAGCUCCUUCUCCACGAAAUUGAGCACGCGUGGAUGUGGUACCGUCAAGUGACGGGCGUUGCGACCGCGCGGCCGUGGAUCGCAGGCCUCUUUCUCGACGCGGGCGUCCCGUACGCGGUGCUCUUUGGUGCAUACAUGAGCUUGUAUCAACACCCGUCGCCGUCCCCAUGGCGCCUCCACGUGCUCGAGAGCCUCUACCAGCUCGUCGUGAGCUGGCUCAGCGUCAUUCGCGGCGUGGCCCCCCGCGACCUCCAGCUCGAGUUUGCGACCGCGACGCCCGUGCUCACGAGCGCGUGCGAAGACAUUGUCGUCGACCUCCAAGGCCUCCUGCGCGAAAACGACCCGAAAAAAGCCGAGCUCGUCGGGUUGUUUCGACGACUGAAACUGGACAUUUCCACGACCAAGUCGACGUAUGCAUAA